AUGCCGCACCCCGAUUCCAUUCAACUCGGUAUCCUUUCCCUCGGCCUUUCCUUCCGAUUUCCUUCUUCCUCGGAUCCUCGAUGGGCACCCCUCUCCAUACCUUUCCUCGAGUCCGAUGCGCUCUUCGAUGACCUCUCGGCCCCCUUGGUCCAGCUGCUACGGCUGGCGCUCAGCGAUGUAGGUUUGGGCUUCCAGGGGGAGUGGAUCAGGGAUGGAGUGAAGAUAAAGGUCAGAUGCUGGAUUUUACCUAGUGAUGUCCCGGGAAGUAUGUGGAAAAGCAUACAUUCGAAAGAUAGAGAAAGGGUAGUAAAAGGGCUGUUGAGUAAUGCGUCGAGAUACUGGGACAUCGGACAAAGUGAAGCAGAAACUAUACUGUCCAUAAUGCCUGAGGAUGGCCAAAGUAUGCAAGAGAUCUACUCGAGUAUACCCUCACCACCCGAUCCACACUUCAAGCGCAGCGAUUCACUGUCAGACAGAGAGCUGUUCAACAGCUUGAACGACUAUGAGAAUCCCUUUGGUGUCAAGACGGACUCAUACAAGUAUCAGAUAAGAUCUGUUGCGAAGAUGGUACAAAUGGAGAUGCAGCCUGAAAGACUGGUCGAUCCUUCAUUCACACCGCUUCAAGAAGCCGGAAGAAAUGCGACAUACUACGUCAAUCUGUCCAACUGGGAUAUACAGCGGAAUCCCGGAUGGUAUGACUUGCCCAAAGGUGGUAUACUGUGCGAGCAAAUGGGUACCGGGAAGACUCUCAUGUGUCUAUCACUUAUCACUUCCACCUUAUACCAACCUACCUUACCUCCUUCCAAUAGUAUCGAUCUAUCUCCUAUCACUACCGAUGUGGCAGAGCGUACAUACCCAUUUGCGGCCAAUGCAGAUUUACGAGCUCUGACCGGAUAUCCUCGCUCACGAACUGAUCUUACAUUCCCAUCGCUGCUGGAGCUGUGCGCGAACGUAGUAGCUACCAACGAUCCUUCGGCAAAGCAUCAUAGUGAUUUACCAGAUAUUUUGAGGCCGCUGUUGGAACGCAGAACAUUCUAUUGUACCCUGCCUGCGGACGAUGAAUGUUCGCGAUAUGCGAAGAAGAAGACUUAUAAUCAGACGGUGAAGAAGAUCCAUCUCGCAAAAGGAACACUAGUGGUAGUACCACAAAUUCUGAUCCAUCAAUGGCAGGCGGAGAUGGUACAUCAUUUGGAGGAAGGAGCUCUAAGUGUGUAUAAUGUGGAAGGAAAGGAACUGCCCAGCAUCGAAACGCUUUUGGAGUACGAUGUGAUUCUAAUGGAUACCUUACGUUUCGGAGCGGAGGAAACGCAGCACAGAGUGUCAAAGGGCAUGAAGCCUUCAGUAUUACUUCAAGCCAGGUGGAAGCGUAUAAUCUUGGAUGAAGGACAUACAGCACAGUCGAAGCUGACGAACUCGAUGACGUUCGCAAGGCAACUGAGUGUAGAGCGACGAUGGCUUGUUAGUGGUACUCCGACACGACAUCUACAGCAAGGAGGCGAAGCAGAGCUAGAGAGCAUUGAUGUCAUUCAUUCUCCCGAUGUUUCUCGAACAACCACUCCAACUGCCAAUGAUGUGCAUAUCGAUCGGGAAGCCCUCACAAUGCAUCGUGCAUGGAACCAGCUUGAACUAGAAGACGCCUAUCGGAUCGGAAGGAUGGUUGGAGGGUUCUUAGCUGCUGAGCCAUUCAAGACCGAAGGUGGAUUUGAGAGGAAUGUCAUUGCUCCACUCAAAAAUAAAGAAGGACCCUCUUUUGGCGCUGUAAGGAGGAUGAAGUAUAUAAUGAACAGCCUCAUGGUCAAGCAUGCACCGCAUGUAAUAGAUAUCGAAGCUCAAUUGCCACCGUCGACGAUCAUCAAUGAACUACUACAAUUUGAACCAAUGCAAAAGAUAACAUAUAACGUCCUUGCUGCGCUAGUAGCGAGUAACGUAUAUACCAGUGGAGGAGAAGAUAUCGAUUAUUUCCUACACAAGGACAACCGAGAGGCGUUUCUUCAAGUGGUCGAUAACCUUCAUUUAGCAUGUUUUUGGUACUCCGCUCGAGACAUGGGUGUCAAGGGUUGUUUGGAUCGAACCAAGAGCUGGCUUGAACGUCAUCCAGAAGCAGACCAAUACGUACGAGAAAAGCUGGAAGAGGCAUGUCGCCAUCUACAGCUGGCGCUAGACAGUCAAGGAUGGAGUGAAUGGAUGACUAAUGGUGUUUCCAUGCCACUUGAUGGACAUGCCCUCCCUUCAUUGAUCAAGGAAUCUUGGUCGGAUUCCUUCAACUCCAGACCCGAUAUGGUCGAUGUUCAUAGUUUCAACAUUCUGAGAGAGCUCAAUCAAAAAGGGAAACGCGUCCAAGAUCUCCAUAUAGUAGGAUGGGAUCAUAGAAAUUCGAAAUUAGAAGAUUUCCAAAAGACAAUGGCGAAAUACAUGGAGAAACACGCAAAAGAACAGAAGAAACUGGCAAAAGCUAAGAAUUCAACUGCUGCAAAAGCACCUAAAGCUGUCAUCAAGUCCUCCUCAUCUCCAGUCAAGAACGUUUCAAAAAAGAGGAAAAACACAGAUAUGGAUGAAAUGGAUCAAAGGCUACAAGAGGCAGCACGGAAUGCCGCAUUGGCAAGCAACCCUUCGAUCGCCAACCUACCCAGACCAUUGCCCGAUGUAGUUCACACCAGAAGUAAAUCGGCGAAAGCCAAUUUCGUUGCGAGGACUAUAUUGUCUGCUGACAAGAAUGAUAAGUUUGUCAUUUUUGGUGAUGCUUAUGAACUGGGUCAUCUGACCGAACUCCUAGAUUUGCUGGAUGUCACGAGUACGUUUGUGGGAAGCGAAUUGUUCACAAGGGACCGACGUAAAGCUUUGGACGAUUUUCAAAAACCUGAAAUCAGAGUAUGUUUAUUAGACCUUAAGGUCGGUGCUCGAGGGUUAAAUCUUGUCAUUGCCAAUCGAAUGAUCUUCCUUCGACCCAUAUGGAAUUUGGAUAUCCAGGCACAAGCCAUCAAACGUAUCCAUCGAAUCGGUCAACGUAGGCCUACAAAGAUCCAAAUUUUGGUUACCGAAGGUACAUUUGAGGAAGAUAUCGCUAAACGAUCAUCCAAGAAUCGAUCUCAGGACGAUGAAAAGCUGUAUUCGAGAGCUAUGAUCGAGAAUCCCAGAUUCGUUUGUCCCGAGAAAGAAGAGACAGAGAAUUUCGCUGUGCGUUUCAUACCCACAAUCGAAUUCCUGUCCGCUACCGCUGUCACAGGUAUCAACGGCAAUGUCAUGGAUAGAGAUGGCCAUGACGUGAUGGAUCAUAAACCGGGUUCGGUCGUUGUACACAGGGAUCCUGGUUCAGCUACCGCCACAUACGUGAAAAGAGAAACAGAAGGCUUAGGUGGUAUUAAGAAGCGAGCUCGAGUAAUGUUCGCAUAG